AUGGCAGAAAAUAACCACAGACAAAUGGGUUUUAGAAAUAAUCCAACACGGUUACAAACUGGAGUUUCUAAAAAUACCACCUUUUCAGGGUAUAAAACCUACAAAAGUUCCUUUAAAGGACGAAACUGUUAUAAACACAGAAAUAAACAAUCUUUUAGACAAAAAAGCUAUAGAAAUUGUGUCUCCCAACAAAAUUCAUUCAGGUUUUUACAGUACGUUGUUUCUAGUGACAAAAAAGACUGGGGAUUUGAGACCAGUCAUAAACUUGAAACCCCUCAACGAGUAUCUCCACAAACAACAUUUCAAAAUGGACACAUUAUCAAAAGUUUUGAACCUUGUCGAGAAAGGAGACUGGGCUCUCACUCUAGACUUAAAAGACGCAUAUUUCCACAUAAAGAUAUUCAAGGGUCAUCGGCAAUAUCUCCGCUUUCAAUACAAAGGUGUUGUUUACCAGUUUCGCACACUUUGUUUCGGUCCGACAAGUGCACCAAGAGUUUUUGUCAAAGUAAUAUCUGUAGUGGUGGCCCACCUACGAAAGCUCAAUGUGCGUCUUGCCAGUUACCUGGACGAUUGGUUACUGGUAAAUCAAAAGAAAGAUUUUCUUCUAAGAAACAGAGCACUAGUUCUCAGUCUCCUUUAUCGACUAGGUUUCAUUGUAAACAAAAACAAAUCACAAUUAGUACCAGUUCAGUCGUUGACUUACAUAGGGGCUCAGUUCGAUUUGAUAAACGGCAGUGUCUCUCCAACUCUAGAAAGAUUAAAAAAGUUAAAAAAAUCUGUGUCAAACAUUCUGGCAGGUCAAACAACAGCCAGACAUUAUCUGAUAUUAUUGGGCACAAUUGCAUCUUGUCUAGAAAUGAUUCCGAAUGCAAGGUUGUUCAUGAGACCAAUUCAACUGCAUUUGCUUCAGCAUUGGAGUCCACACAGAAUGGUUCUUUCUCAUGUGGUUCCUUUAACUCCUCAGCUGAUUUUAAAUCUAAAUCGGUGGUUACUGGAUCAAAACAUAGCAAGGGGCAAAUCUUUUCUGAAAGAUGCCUUUCCAGUUACAGUGACCACAGAUGCAAGUGGCAAAUGGGGUUGGGGUGGUCACAUGGACAACCUAACUUGUCAGGGUCAGUGGACCAUAACACAGAAGUUAUUACACAUAAACUGUCUGGAAAUGAUGGCAGUGAUGUUCAGUAUUCAGCAGUUCCUGUCUCACUUGAAGGGUUGCAAUGUACUGGUCAAAUCGGACAAUACUACAGUUUGUCAGUACAUAAACCAUCAGGGGGGGACAAGGUCUGCUCAACUGAACAGUAUAACUUGGGAUUUAUGGCAUUUGGCUCUGAAGAACAAUAUCAAGUUAAAAGCAGUUCAUAUAAUGGGUAUAAAGAAUGUGUUAGCAGACACUUUGAGUCGGGAACUAAUAAGGGAAACAGAGUGGUCUCUGAACAGUGCUGUAGUAGAGAAAAUAUUCAGUCUUUGGGGUCAACCAAUGAUAGAUCUUUUUGCCACUCACAAGAACAAGAAAACUCUCCUGUUUUGUUCUUGGAUUCCCCAUCCACAAGCCUUUGCUCAGGAUGCCCUGUCAAUUGCAUGGCAGAACAUGUUUGUGUAUGCGUUCCCGCCAUUGCCUCUUAUUCCCAAAGUUCUCAGUCACCUGAAGAAAUACCGAUGCACUAUGAUUCUCAUUGCUCCACAGUGGCCGAGACAACAUUGGUACACACAGAUACUAAACCUCUUGAUAGCAUGUCCAUUGAGACUUCCAUGCAUUCCGACUCUUUUAACACAAUGCAAGGGGAGGGUUCUUCAUACCAACCCAGAGAAGUUGAGUCUGACUGCAUGGUUGUUAUCGACCGAAAGUUCAUGUCAAAAAACCUUUCUGAAAAAGCAAGAAAACUUUUGGCCAAAUCCUGGAGACAUGGUACUCAAAAAGACUAUAAAUCUAAGUUCAGACAAUUUUGUAGCUGGUGUUGUGAACGGCAAAUUGAUUCAUAUACAGCCUCUUUAACUGAUUGUGCAGACUUUUUGACACAUUUAUUUGAAAAAGGCUUACAAUAUCGCACUAUUAAUGGAUACAGAUCCAUGCUAUCAUCAGUUUUAGCACCUGUGGAGAAUAUUCCUAUAGGUCAACAUCCUUUUAUUAUUCGCCUUCUUAAAGCUGUUUUUAACGAACGUCCUCCAAUUAAAAAACUUGUGCCUGAAUGGAAUCUUCUUUUCAUUUUAGGAUGUCUGGAAAAAGCUCCAUUUGAACCUUUGAGAGAUGUACCAUUGAAGUAUUUAACAUGGAAAACCUGUUUUUUACUGGCUAUAACAACUUUUAGACGUUGCAGCGAUCUACAGUCUUUACAAUUAGGUGAAGGCUCUGUUAAUGUUCAAAAACAUGGACUUACAUUUAUUAGACCAGGGUUAUCUAAGCAGGAUAGACCAAAUCAUUGUGGUAAAAACAUUUUUGUUCCUGCGUUGCCAAACAAGUUUUUGAACCCUAAACGUUGUUUAACUUACUAUUUAAAAAGAACUGAACCUUUUCGUAUUUCUGAAAAUGGACAAGAUAUUAUCAAGUUAUUUUUAUCUAUGAAAAAACCACAUAAACCAGUGACAGCGCAUACAAUUUCAAGAUGGUUAGUGGACAUUAUCAAAUUUUGUUACAAAAAGGAGAAAAAAUCUAUUGGGAAAAUUAGAGGACAUUCUACACGUAGCAUUGGACCUUCAUGGGCGUUAUUCAAAGGUGCAUCUCUUCAACAGAUAAUGGAAGCGGCAGAUUGGUCAAGGGAGACCACUUUCACUAAAUACUACUUAAAGCCAGUAAAUGUAGAUUUCAUGAAGCUGUGA